ACCAGGAUGUUGCAAAAUAACAUUGACAAAAAGGAAUUGUAACCGUUUCUUCGUAUUAAUAUUGGCUUGAACAUUAGGGCAUUCUUUGGAAAAAAAGUGUGACUGUGACACUGCUGCACGUUUUACAUGCUACUGGGACAGAUUUGGAAGAAAUUCUUGAUAGAUGUAAUUUGAAAAAGGGGCUAUCAUGGACAAUCAGGAUAACUUUGACAACUGUAUUAGGUGUAAUUUAAAAACAAACAGUACAAAGAUAUUGGCAAACACACGUCGUCUUGUAACAGAUCAAAUGAUGUACGUGCUUGAGCAGAAUUCUUAUAAACCUGAUAAAUCUAAGAAGUUCAUUUGUAAUAUCUGCAGGAUAUUUGUGUGGAAGCUAUAUGCUAAAAUGAAUUUUCAAACUCUUGCCAAACGUCCUAUGACUGCAACUCACAAAAGACCUGAUGUUAAGUCAGGUGAUGUUGGAAUCAAGACUGAACCUUUUGAAAAUGAAGUCCAAUGUCAGCCUCUCACAAGUAGUAACAGGAAUGAUGUCAUUGAAAAUGAUCAGAAGGACACCGAUCUAGUUGUUGCCAGUUAUGAUCCAGGCGGAAAUGACAUCCAUGGAAAGGCUGAUGAUGACAAUGGUGAUAAAGAUUUACCUCAUGGUGACAUUAGAACCCAAUUCUCCCAUGACAUAUAUGAUAACUGCAUUAAGUGUAACUCACAGACAGUCUCCGGGUUCCGGCGUCGGGUAACUGGUCGAAUGCUCUCGGUGCUCAAGAAAAAAUCAUUUAAACCUGAUGCAAGAAAGAAGUAUAUCUGUAAUACAUGUGUGAAAAUAGUAUGGAAACUAUUUGCAAAAAUGAGCUUCAAUACGACCCCUAUCUUCUUGUCAAUUAAAAAUAAACAAAUUGUGAACUCUAACCAAAAACAGAAAAGGAAACAGAACCGGAAUUUGAAUUGGAGACCUGGACAAGAAACAUCGAAUGACAAGUCCCUGAGAAAGAAAGUGGAACGUGCACUUGAUGUUAAAUCCCUCAACAAAAUGCAUCGUAUAUGUGACACAUGCAAGCUCAGUGUUGAUAAAGUAUGUAAGGCUCUUAACCAGCAAACUCUUCUUCGGACAAAGGCAGCGUUACACAUUCCUGAUUCAGAGGAGGCCACAGAGCCAGAUCACACUGAGAGAAGAAAGCCGUGUGAGGGUGUAGACAUUGCCAGCACAAAGACUGUAGAUGACAAUAUAAUAGUGAAGGCGAAGAUAAACGAACAACCGGUGGUUUUAAAAGUCCCCAUGGCCUUCAAGAUGCGAGUAUACAUAUCCUGCAAGUUUAAGGAUUGUUCAUUUGCAUGUAGACACAUUUCUGAUGUGAUGGAUCAUUACGCCAAGGAACAUGUUGAUUAUAAAAAGAUUAUUAAACACUUUGAUGUGUUAAAAAAUACCUUCCCGUACAAAACUCGGAGCUCUGUAUCAGCAGCUAGUAAACUUGACCCUACUCGUUUCAUUAACACAGAUAGUAUAUGUAGUAGUUCUACAUCAGUUGAACCUUGCAUUAAAGAUGAAUCUUUGGACAACGCUGAUUUAGUGGAAAUAUCGGCAUCCGACGGAAACUCCUCAUUGAAUAUGGCAUGUCAUUCUGUUGACGACGACCCGAGUAUUAAAAGUGAAACCCUGAUUGAGACUGACGUUGCAAUCAUCAAAAGUGAGCCCCCAUGUGAGACUGACGUUGCAAUUAUCAAAAGUGAGCCCCAGUGUGAGACUGACGAUGCAAUUAUCAAAAGUGAGCCCCCGUGUGAGACUGACGUUGCAAUUAUCAAAA